UCCCUCUCGUCUCGGCUCCCCCAUAUAAUCCCAACCACGCCCCGUCCUUCUCAUCUCAUCAGAAUCCAGAGUCCGCACGCGAGAACUCACACCGACGGACAUGGGGAACUGCCAGGCGGCGGAAGCGGCGGCCGUGGUGAUCCAGCACCCGGGCGACGGCAAGGUGGAGCGCCUCCACUGGCCAACCACCGCGGCGGACGUCAUGCGCAGGAACCCCGGCCACUACGUCGCGCUCGUCCUCCUCCAUCACGACUCUCGAGGAGUUGACCCCGACCCCGCCGUCCCCGGAGGAGGAGGAGGUGCCAGGAUAACCAAGGUGAAGCUCCUCAAGCCCAGGGACACGCUCCACCUCGGCCAGGUCUACCGCCUCAUCACCUCCCAAGAGGUGAGCAAGGCCGUGCAGACGAGGAAGCAGGAGAGGAUGCGCGGUUGCGACGAGGCGAUCGAGCAGGAGCGGCCGCGACUGCACCGGCGGCGGCAACCGCCGAGGCCGAGAGGUGGCAACGCAGCCACAGAAACCAACGGCGAACUGAGGCAGCCCGCCGAUCACCAGGAACGGAAGCGGAUGGAGAAGGACCGGCACGACCGGAGCAUGGCCGCCGCACGCGGCAGAGGCCGGCACUGGCGGCCGGCGUUGCAGAGCAUUACAGAGUCGUCGUCGAGCGGGCACGCCGACUCCGGGGAUAUAUGUAAAUGAACUACUAGAAAACUAGAAGAAGGUUUGGGGGAGCUUGAAAUGUACUACAUACAUUAGGCGAUCUGAUUGUAUCCAUCGGUUUCUUUGAAUCCGUUUUGGUGAUACAGUAGCAUGCAUUGCCCAUUCCAUAUCUUUUGCGAAGAUUGCUUGUUCCUGUCUUGAGGAUAGCGGUUUAUCCAAGUCCUACUUGUUAUUCGCAGUGGUGCGGAGGACAGGCGUGUGCUCCUUGUGUUUGUAUUUUUUUUUAUUGUGGCAUUAGAGUCAAUGAAAAACGACAUUUAACCAGAAAACCCGCAUUCGGUGAUUGACCGAAAAAGGCGUUGUUA